GGGGCCGGUCCCGGCGCAGUCGCCCGGGAGCGCAGUCGCGGCGCGAUGGGGAACCUGCAGGCAGCGCUGCCUGAGCCUGCCCGCACCUGUGCCCUCAGCCUCUGCUCCCGGCACAGGGGCUCCGGGCCCCCGGACGGCGCCAGGGCCAGCUCUGUGCCCAUCCCCCCCAUUGAGCCCCCGAGAUACUCGCGGAUCAAGAACUGGGAAGUGGGGACCAUCGCCUACGACACGCUCAGCGCCCAGGCCACGCAGGAGUUGCCCUGCAGUGGGAAGCGAUGUCUGGGCUCCCUCAUGUACCCCAAGCAGCUGGUUUGCCAGGCAGCUGAGGGGCCCCCGCCCAAGGAGGAGCUGCUGCCCAUGGCCCGGGACUUCAUCAACCAGUACUACAGCUCCAUCAAGCGGGUGAGAUCAAACCCUGAUUUCUGUCGCUUAACCAAAUUCACUGGCUGA